AUGAGCUCCAGCCAUAAGAAUGGUCAAGCCACAAAGCUUAAACCGAGGCCUCUUGGGCUGAAAGAAGGUUUAACUGAGAUGUACCAGGAGAAGCUGCUUUGUGACGUCACCCUCGUGGCUGACGGACAGAGGUUUCCUUGCCACAGGGCCUUGCUAGCAGCCGUGAGCCCCUACUUCCGGGACGUCUUUGUCAAAGGUGGCCAAGAGUGCCAAGAGAAAGAGGUCCUGUUGCAGAACGUGUCCCCGUCGAUCGUGCAGAACAUCCUGAGAUACAUCUACACGGAGGAGCUGGCGCUGACCCCUGAGCUGGCUCCGUUCCUCUUCACGGGGGCCAGCCAGCUGCAGAUCACCCCGCUGCAAAACGUCUGCUGCAGGUUCCUGGUGGCCCAUCUCUCCGUGCAGAACUGCUUUGAGAUAUACUCCUUGGCUCAAGCACAUCACAGCCGACCCCUCCUACAUGCUGUCCUCUGGCUCCUGAUCAGGAAUUUUGACCAGAGCUUCGAAGAGGACGAUUUCCUCCAACUGGACCCUGGUGACCUCACAGCCGUGAUCUCUUCCAACGACCUCACCGUCGCUUCGGAGCUCAAGGUCUACCAGGUGGUGCGGCGUUGGGUGCAGGGCCAGCCCACCAAGCGCAGCCCCUUCCUCGGAGAGCUCCUGCGCCACGUCCGUUUCCCCCUCUUAGGCCCAGAGGAGCAAGACAUGCUCCAGGCAGACCUGGAGCAGUGGGGAGAUCUGGACCUUGAGUGGAAGGUCAUGGACGGCCAAGACCGGUUGCGUCAAACCCGUGGGCUGCGCCACGGCAUGUACAAGCCACACAUUCUGUUCAUUGACACCCAGAUGUGUGAGUAUCAAGAGCUGGAGACCGAAGAGGCCCACAUGAGCUGCUAUGAGCCGCAGACUGAACUGUGGGAGAAACUCCCUGGCUUGCAGUCGUUGACUCACGCUUGCUGCACCUCAGACAGAGACAGAAUCUACGUCUCAGGAGGCGUCUACAAGAAUUCUUACUCCGCCACCAUUUUUGAGUUCAACGCCUUCACCAACCAGUGGCUGCAGCUCACGGCCAUGCCUGUGCCCCGGGCUGCGCAUGGCUUCGUGUGCCACCGCCAGAAGCUCUACGCCAUGGGAGGAUGGUGCAGAUUCCAGAGCUUCUUAAAUCUGGCCGAGAGCCUUGAUCUCGCGACGGGGAAGUGGACUGCAAUGGCCAAGCUACCGUUUGCCCUAAGCCACCCCGCUUCCAGUGUGUUGCGGGAGAAGCUAUAUCUCCUUGGGGGUGCCACCGGGGUGUCAAACCACUGGCUGUUUCACAAGGGAGUCCUGAUCUAUGAGAUUGGUUCUAACACAUGGACUCAAGUGCCCCUGGCCACCGGCUUUUUCGCAGCAGGAGCUGUGGCUGCAGAUAACGGGAUCUACGUCAUUGGGGGAUACGCAGAGAAAAAGACCCGGGACUGGGUGGACGGGGCCCUCGUGCCCGAGAACCGCCACAGCACUCGCAAAUGCGUCUUCAUCAACGAAGCUGGCAGAGUGAGUUACAGCGUGAGCAUUCCCAAACUCCCACGAGGGUUGGCCAACGCAGGGGUGGUUUGCUGUGGGAAGCGGAUCUACGUGUUGGGUGGGGAAGACUUAGCCCAGCGUUACAAAACGAUUUACCACUGGGAGCCUGGCGAGUCCCGCUGGCACCGGAGCAGUUCUGAAAUCCCCGUGCCCCGGGAGGGUAUCAGCAGGUUUGGGUGUGUGACCUUAUUGAGACCCAAACCUCAUGUUCUCCAGCUUUUCCAAGUGGCCUCUCUGGUUCUCGUGGCAGCUGUCACCAAAUCAUAG